UAAACCAAACGUACACGCCAAGCAAGACGACGCUACUUUCCUUUUUAAUAACUAUUAAAUAACGAGUAAAUACUUAAAAAUCUUUAUUAAUCAUAUUAUAAAAUCUAAUAUCCGAAAUGCCAAAAGCUGUUCGCGAAUUGCUUCAAAAUGGGCAUUCUUACGACGAGCCAGAUAGGAUGCCGAAAAACAUAUCUAUCACCAAUUUAGACUUAAUCAUGUACGUUGUAGCAAUUAUUGGCCACUUUGUGGACCUAGCUGUGGACCUGAAUAUAGCCGUGAGGUACUAUUUGGCUCAGGAAAUGGAAGCUUUCGGUUGGACACUUGCCUUCAUACUGUUUCCCGCGUUUGUGAACACCGCUGUGUCUAUAAGAAUGUAUGCACAGGACAAACAGCAAGAUUCGGUUACCAACGAGGUGACCCGACGUCACUGGCUCCGUAUCUUCAUACUGGUGCUGCAAAUGGCUCCGAUACUGAGGUUUACCGAUGCUCUCAUAUACGCCAUCAAGUCUCGUCGCGCCGAACGCAAGAAAGACCCGGCAUCGCAAAGACUGUACUACAGUCUGAUGCUGAAAGAAGAUUCUGACGCCGCGCUGCUGAGGAUCUUCGAGUGCUUCCUGGAGGCGGCUCCUCAGCUCGUCCUGCAGACCGCCAUCAUGUUUAGAGGGCACGAGCAGUUCACUUUGCAUCAGUCCCUAUCGAUGACGUCGUCUCUGAUCGGCAUGGGGUGGUGCCUGGCCGCGUACCAGCGCGCCGUCAGAUUCGCGCAGGAGGACAAACUCAACGUGACCUGGCUCGGCUCCGCCGUGCAAACCGUGUGGCAUUAUUUACUGACACUCAGCCGAGUGAUGUCGAUUUCAGUGAUAGCUUAUCUAUUUCCAUAUUGGACAAUACUGGCAUGCUCAAUACACAUACUACUAAUGACGUCAUGGAUCCAAAUAUUCGAACGGCCAGUGUUCUGCGCCCAGACAAGGAUAGCGGAGAUCUCCUUCUCAUUCGCACUCGGAUCCGUGUACCUCUUCACGUAUAUAUUGUCUGUGGAAGGUAGAACCAGGUAUAGAUACGCUAUAUAUUAUACUCUAUGCUUCUUGGAGAAUAUAACGUGCGGUGCGCUAUGGUUUUUUUAUAUGAAAGACGAUGUUAAAUAUUCUAAUGUUUUUCAUGUAGUUUUAGUAUUUAUUGUCGUGCCUUAUGUUUGCGGGGUGUUAAUUAUGAUUGGGUAUUAUUCGUUUCUGCAUCCGACCUUGAGGAAAGGGAAUAAUGACGUCACUGUGUCUCAUAAGGUCGAUGACCAGACUUUUGAGGUUAGCUGAUUUGGUGUAAGACUCGUGGCGCCCUCUGGAGGAUGAUUUAGAGUUAGAAAUUGUAUGUGAACAAAAUUAUUGUAAAACAUAUCUACCUACUUACAACAAACAUUGAAAUGUUAAAAAAAAUAUACAUACAAAACAUCAAAACUAUUUUGAACUUGACAAGUUGACAACUUGACAAGAGUUUUAACUGAAAUACUGUCUUGUGAUUUUAGGAGUUCGUUCUUUAUAAUAUAUAGGUACAUACUUACCAUCACGCCUGUUUCACAUUGGGGUAGGCAGAGACUAUGUAAAUCCACCUGCUACGAUUCUUACAGACCUCUACCGCUUCCUCCAAACACAUUACUCUUUUCAUGCAUAUUCGACGAUUACGGGUACUCCUAACAUCUUUACAAUACGGAUAAAAAUAUAUCCAAAUCUAUUUAUUUUGUGAUUACUAUUUAACAAAGUGUUUAUGCAAAUAAAAUUUCGCACUUUUUACUGGUAAAACAUUUUAUUGUGUAUUUUAAUGUACAAAAGCAAUAACUUCACAAUAUUUCAAGUUCUGCACAAUUUCAAUGUAAACUCAACCUGUAGAAGGUAGGUAAUAAAUAAGACUGCAUUUUGAUACUUAAUUUAUGUUAACUUUAACUUUACUCAUAAUUAUAAUUAUACUUUUAAUUAGCUAUAAGAAAAAUAAUUCCAAGUUCAUGUCUCAAGGCCGUUACAACUUUAAAAAACAGACAUAAAUAUAGCUAGACACCGCAUUUCCAAAACUGUUUCAUUUAUUUAUUAAAAAAUUUUUUGAGCUUUAACAAUUGGCGAACUUAAUGCUUAUAGCAUUCUCUUCCAGUCAACCUUUAAAUAGCAAACAAAUGAAUAGUCAGAUGUCAAUCUAUACUAAUAUUAUAAAGCUGAACACACACAAACAGUUUGUUUGAACGAGCUAAUUUUAGGAACUACUGGUUCGAAUUGAAAAAUUAUUUUUGUGUUGAAUAGACCAUUUAUCGAUAAAGGCUUUAGGCUAUAUAACAUCACGCUGCAACUAUAUGGAGUAUUGAAAGAAAUGAUUUAUUGGAUUAAAUUAUAAUCAGAAUUCACAGAAUUACCUACAUCCUGAUUAGAUUUCUGAAUAACUUUAAAUUUUUUAUUGUUCUCGUACGUAGAUCUUUGUAGGUUCCUAUAAAAUUAACUAAAAAUAUUUGGUCCAAAUAUUUCAUCAGAAUUGUAACGACUUAAUUGGUAAAAAUAUUUUUUUUCUUUUUCCUCCUGUUGUUUUGAUAGUAAUUAGAAAAAAACUUCAUACUAUGUUUUUUGUAACUCUGUUAUGUUUGCAUUAAAGUAUUUACAAACAAAAAACUUGACACGCUUACAUUUUAUACAUAUGUAUUUUAUGCUUGAACUGGUGUUAUCUAGCUAGACUUAUGUCUGUGGCCUUUUACCCGACUGCAAAAGAUGGGUUAUUAUAAAUGUCUAAUGAUGUGCUGUAAUUAAGAAUCUCAACAUAAUAUGAAUAAAGUAUUCUUAGACCAUAAGUUACCAUAAUGAAGCUAUUAAUAUUAUGAUAGCCAAAUGUUGUAUUUUUAGAACAAUUUUUAUAGUAUUUUAUUGCCAUUUUUUAUUUUGUAUCUUUUUUAAUAAAAUUUAUUUUCUUAACA